AUGGUCUUCCACUGGCUCCACGAAGCCCGCACCGACCUCUCCCGCGAACUCACCCUCCCCCUCUUCACCACAGUCCUCUACGCCUCCCUCGCCGGCAUGUCCUACGGCCUGGACCUCAACUACUGGUCCGGCCUCCUCGGCAUGCCACAAUUCCAACACGACUUCGGCGUCUUCGACGUGGCACUUCAAACCUGGAAAAUCCCCGCUUCGUGGCAAUCUGUCGGGUCGGGGACUCCGACGGCGGGGAUCGCGUGUGGAGCGCUUCUGGCGGGGUAUUUGGGGAAUCGGUGGGGUAGAAUUCGGGCGUUUUGGACGGCGGCGGGGAUUGGGUUGGUGGGGAUUUUAAUUCAGGCGACGAGUGUGAGGAGUUAUUGGCAGUUGGUUGGGGGGAGGAUUGUUAAUGCUUUGAGUAUGGGGAUUAUUUGCAACAUCAUCCCCAUCUAUCAAGGAGAAGUCGCCCCAGCCUCUCUCCGAGGCUCCUUCGUCAACACCUACCAAUUCAUGCUCCUCUUCGGCGGCCUGAUCGCCGUAAUCGUCAACUGGGCCAUGAACGAACGCACAGACCAAUGGGCCUACCGACUCAUCAUCCUCCUACAAUUCAUCAUCCCCCUCAUAAUGACAAUCGGAGGUUUCAUUCUCCCCGAAUCCCCGCGCUGGCUAAUUUCUCAAAACCGCAACCAAGAAGCCCUCGCGGUCCUCCAAUACCUCCGCCGCGGCCACCCACCCAGUGUCAUCGAAAAAGAAGUCUCCCUAAUCUCCCAAAGCGUCUCCCUCCAAAAAUCCCUCCAUCAAACUUCCUCCUACACCGAAUGUUUCCGCGGCCCCAAUCUCCGGCGCACCCUCAUCGCACUCGGCGUGCAAGCUCUGCAACCCACGCAAGGAAAUUCUUACAUGACAACAUACAGCAUCGUCCUCUUCCAAACCAUCGGCAUCGGAAACGAAUACCAAAUGUUAAUUUAUUUAUACAUUGUCAUGUUAUUCGCCGACGCGUCCGCUUUCAUCAUCGCGGAUAAAAUCGGUCGGAGACCCCUCAUGUUUGUCUCUUCGGUCUGUAUAGCCGCGAGUUUGUUUUGCGUGGGCGGUUUAACCGGGUUUGCACCGCAGACGGAGGGUGUGAAAAAAGGGACGUUGGCGGCGAUAUUUUUUUGGUACUUCAUUGAUGCGGUGGGUUGGGCGGGUUGUGUGUGGAUUACGUGCGCGGAAGCUCCGACGACUGCGUUGAGGGAACGGACGAUGACGAUUGCGACGUUUGGGGGGUUUGUGGUGAAUUUGUUGAUUCAAUAUGUUAGUCCGUAUUUGCAGGAUGCAGGGUAUGCGGGAUUAGGGGGGAAAAUUGGAUUUGUGUGGGGGAGUUUUGCGAUUGUUGCGGCUGUGUGGGUGGCGUUCUUUUUGCCGGAAAUGAGUCGUAGGAGUUUGGAGGAGUUGGAUGAGUUGUUUGAGAAGAGGGUGAGUGUGUGGAAGUUUAGGAAGUUUAGGACCGAGGGGGUUGGCGCCGAGUUGACUGCGUUGGAGGCUGGGGUCAAGACGGCGGAAGAUGUCGAGAUGCAUGGCGCCAAGGUCUUGGUUGGGGUGGAAGUUCGACCUGUGGAGAGUGAGACUGACGAGUAUGGGAAGAAGAAGCUGGAAUUGUGA